UUUACUAACGAUAACAUUUUUUUUUUCCCAGUACCUAUUUAAAUUGUAUUUUUCAAUUUUUCAUUGCUAAGCACAUCAAUGCAAUUUACUUUUGGUGAAAUUAUUUUUACUAUUUAUUAGGUACCUUUUAUGUUCACUUAAAAAAUAAAUUAUGAACUAUGUUUUUAUUGUUCCUGUCACUCUUAAAAUAGUCCGACUUGGUUUCAAGGAUAUAUCAAUACGUUGCCAAUCAUCAAAACAAAAUUUGUCUUCUUACUAUGACAUAUUAAAUCUGAAACCAGGUUGUACAAAAAAAGAAAUACGUAACUCAUUUAUUAAACUCUCCAAAUUGAAUCAUCCAGAUGUCUGUGGUGCUUCUUCUAAUGAUAGAUUUGUACGUAUCAAUGAAGCAUAUAAUGUACUUAUAGAUGAAAACAAGAAAAAGUUAUAUGAUGAAACACUGGUAUACACUAAGAAUAAUAAUCCAAUUUAUUAUCAUUACCACAAACGUCAAAAUAGUGAAAAUUGGAAAGAUGCGUACAAUAAUCCAAAAAAUCAUUGGCUAGCAUCAAACAUUGCUAUUGCAGGUGUCUGUCUUUCAAUACUACUUGUUGGAUCCAUAAUUCGAUAUAAGGGUAUUAAAAAAUCUAUGUCAAUGCGAAGUUUAUUGAUGGAUGAAUCUGAUGAACGUUUGUCCUUUUUAGAAGAACAAAAAUUAAUGAAAAUUGAUAAAACCAACGAAGAGCUUAUAAAACUGUUUGAACAAAAUAUUGCAAAAGAAUAUGGUCAUAUUGUAAAAAAAUAAUUUAUUAUU